GCGUUACUGAACGAAAUUUAAUUUGUAGUGAUCAUACUAUAUUUUAUUUGUCAUGUUAUGUCUUUUCUGUGAUGCAACCAUUAUUUUGUUUACAAUAUUAUAAUCAUAAUGUUAUCGACCAUUUGACUAUCAUAAUAUAAUCGUAUGUGACACCGUGUUUAAUUUGACAACGAUUGUUGAUAAUAAAAAUUCCUUCAUCUCUAGUCGGGUCACAAUUCGUGUGGUGUGUACUGCGUAGUGAGUAGGCCGUAGGACAUUAGGACAGCAACCGACUUAAUGUUUUGUUUUUUUAAUUGUAAGUUGUAAUAAUUGUUUCGUUAAUCGUUCACUUGAUUGUUGAUGCACAAUAUAUUCAAUGGAAAUUAUCGAUAUAGAAGUUAUCUAAAAUGAAUUAUACAGUAAGAACGUUUCUAUAGUUUUUACAUACUUUAAGCCGUAAUUUUUUGUAAUAUUUUUAAAUUCCAAAAUGGGAGGCAAAGGAUCCAAACACGAUCGUGUUAUAGAUCCAUUAACGUUUGACGAAAAUGACGCUAUCGAUAAAUUGAUGAGCUAUAAAGAAAUUAUUUCUUUGGAAGAACUGUUACACAGGUGGAAUUCAUAUUUAACACAUAACAUGAACAGUCAUAUUAAACAAUUGUUUGCAACCAAUAAACCGUGUCGACAGCGUGUGGUGCAUGUCUACCGAUGUUUAUCAACCUGUGAAAUGUACCAUGAAUCUUACCUAAAAAUAAUGUCGAUUGUACUUGCAAAAUCAAACAUUGAACGAUACACAAUUGAUCUUUUGGAAACUAUAAAUCUUUGUUUAAAGGAUACUGAUGAGUAUGCCUAUUGGAUCAGAAUUGGCGCUAAGGCACAUACUAUUCUUCAACUUUCAUCUCAAUUGUCAAAAGAUGGUAUGACAGGUGAUAUUGCUGCAUGGCUGCGCGGCAAUACUCUGCUUGGACUAUUGCAUAGAGCUUUGGUUACUACACUUUACUCAGUGCCACGGAAACUAGAUUUACUUCCAGCUAUCAAUAUAAAUCAAAAAUACAUACAGUCAUUUAAAACUAUUUUAGAUCUUGGAUGGAUAAUGUUCAUAAAAAAUAGUUUACCAGCUGACUGUCAAGACAAUUGGAGGUUGUUGUUUUCAAGUAGUUCACACGGUGAGAGCUUCCAAUCACUAAGUGCGGCAAUUAUUGACCAAGGAAGUACAAUUUUAAUUAUAAAAGAUAAUUUUGGUAAUGUCUUUGGAGGAUAUGCUUCACAGUCGUGGCUAUUAAAGCCUAAAUUUUAUGGAGAUUCCAAUUGUUUUGUUUUCUCUUUAUAUCCAAAUUUGAAUAUAUGUGUUUCUUCUGGACAUAAUGAUAAUUUUAUGUACAUGAAUAGUGGUCAGUAUACACUACCAAAUGGCAUAGGAAUGGGAGGCCAAUUUGGCUAUUGGGGAUUAUGGAUAGAUUCAGAGUAUGGCAUUGGGAAAAGUAGUGUUUCGUGUUCAACAUUUAACGACUAUUCAAUGUUAUCGGCUAACAAAGAUUUCAAGAUUGAUUCAUUAGAAAUAUGGUGUGUUAAAGAAAAACCAAAACUAGAUGAUGAAGAGGAAGAAAGGAAACUUUCAUCAGAUAGAGAUGAAUGGGAUAUGAAUCUAUUGGAGAUGUCUGGACGCACAAAAUACUCUGAUGGGUUGAGAGAUGAAGAUGAAGUUAAAUGAAUACUGAUGUUCAAUUAUUAUGUUAUUAGUUUAACUUGACUCAAUUUAUAACAGUUUUUAGUCUAAUAAAUUGCAUUUUUGCUUUGUCAAGAAUUCAUAAAUCAUAAAAAAUAUCUGAUAGUGUUAUAAUUAUUUUUUUUUUUCAGUUUGUUUUAUUUAUUUUAAUUGAGCAAGUUAUAUUUAUUUAUUUAUUGUAAACCAUAAAUACAUAUUUCUAAAAUAACAUUAAAAAAGUCUGAAUUUUUUAAUUUAAUAAAAAAUAAAAGCUUAUUAAAAUAAUAA